UUGAAACUUAUUUUCUCAAUACUACAAGACACUUGUGGAAAAGAUGAAGUUUAUAAUGAUUGCGGAUCUGCAUGUCCCGAAACUUGUGCCAACUUGGGAAAAAAUCAAGUCUGUACUUUACAAUGCGUCGAAGGUUGUUUCUGUAAAGAAGGACUAGUUAGAAAUGACAGCGGUAAAUGUAUUAACCCAAAUGAAUGUCCAAAAAAAGAAUGCAAUGUGAAUUGCUCAAAAAAACACUGUCCACAAAUAAGAUGCAGGACAGGUUACAAGCUUGUAAAACCGAAAUGCGGCUGCUGUGAAGAGUGUCAAAAAAUUAAAGAUACUUGUGGAAAAGAUGAAGUUUAUAAUGAUUGCGGAUCUGCAUGUCCCGAAACUUGUGCCAACUUGGGAAAAAAUCAAGUCUGUACUUUACAAUGCGUCGAAGGUUGUUUCUGUAAAGAAGGAUUAGUUAGAAAUGACAGCGGUAAAUGUGUUAACCCAAAUCAAUGUCCAAAAAAAGAAUGCAAUGUGAAUUGCUCAAAAAAACACUGUCCACAAAUAAGAUGCAGGACAGGUUACAAGCUUGUAAAACCGAAAUGCGGCUGCUGUGAAGAGUGUCAAAAAAUUAAAGAUACUUGUGGAAAAGAUGAAGUUUAUAAUGAUUGCGGAUCUGCAUGUCCCAAAACUUGUGCCAACUUGGGAAAAGAUCAAGUCUGCACUAAGCAGUGCGUCGAAGGUUGUUUCUGUAAAGAAGGAUUAGUUAGAAAUGACAGCGGUAAAUGUGUUAACCCAAAUCAAUGUCCAAAAAACACUUGCGGGAAAAAUGAAGUUUACAGUGAAUGUGGCUCUACAUGUCCCAAAACUUGCGCUAAUUUAGGAAAAAAUCAAGUCUGCUCUUUUCUAUGCGUCAAGGGUUGUUUCUGUCGAGAUGGAAUGGUUAGAAAUGACAAGGGUGAAUGCAUACAACCAAGUCAAUGUCCAAAACGCUCAUGUAAAAAUACUAAAGAAGAUUCUAGCUCUGAUUCGGAGUCAGACGAAGAAUACUAACAUGUGAAUUAUUAUUGAUACACAAGCUAUUUGUUUUUUUUUACAGAAGAAGCAUACAGAAUAAAAUUUUUAAAUGAAA